GGGUUUUUUCCUUUCAGUUUUUGAAGCGACAGAUCGAUGUUCCUCAGUCACGCACAGCAUACUUUCGACCUUGGAAUCAAAAGUAACAGUAAGAACGUAAGUAGGUAGCGACGCAAUAGUAAGUGUAAAAUAAAGCAUGACUUAGUAAGAUCAACGACAAGCAGUUCGAGUUCCUGCUGCGAACAAGACAAAAAAAAAGGACUGACCCGGUGACUUUCAUAGAAACCGCUCCGCCGAUAUAGAUAUUUUUGUGGUACUGCGGCCUAGUAUGUAACUUUGUUCUCACGAAAGAAACUACUUACACAUAAAGGAGAACAACAAAGCGCUGCCACGACCGUCUGUUUGAAAAGAAAUGUCGUCUCGCGCCGCCGACACCGCCGCGGGUAGCGGUAAGGGGGACAUGACCCCGACCAGCAAAUUGAUUUUGGAGGAGAAAGAGGAGAAACUCUCCAACAAAGAAACGACCCUUCGCUGGUACAGCGAGGACGACAAGCUGUGGGUGCGUAAGGAGAUCGAGGUGCCGCACAAAAGUAGAAACAAGAGCCCGACGAUCCUGAAAAACCCCGCACCCUGGAGCGAGGAAAGCAAAAGGCUAGCCUCCGAGGAAAACAACCUUGACUGGGGGGAAUUGGACGACACACUCCCCGUGCACAAGUGGAUCAUGGACGCUAUUGUCAGGGAGAGGCAGAAGGAAAAGUACCGAGAGGAGGAGCAACCGGGAGGUAAGGAGGACCCUGAGGUAAGGAGGAGAAACAUGGAACUGUGGAGGGACUAUCCUGAGAAAAAAGUGUUACAGUUACACACUCCACUGAUGGAAGACAAGCAAGACUAAGACAGAACCUCUGUCAUGCAGGAAAUGCUUGCCAGCCUCAUUUCAUUCGUGUUUUCGUUUUCCUUUUCCCCUAUAGUCUGCGCAUAGCACGUUUUCUUCGCCAUCAUGCAGAGCAACUUUGUGAUGCUGAAAUUGCAACAAAUGCACUUUUUUCCUGCGAUAGGGAAGUGAAGCGAAGUGUUACGCUGGAGACCGUCCGGAGAGAGAUCCAGGACUCGCUGGAUCCUGAGGGUACGGGUCGGGCAAAGACGAAAUUGAAGACCCUAUCGAAUAUUGUGCACAAGGAGUGUCUAGACAAGGACAAAAGCGCUGUCAUGAAGAAGGGCGGCUUUCAGGAAGACGAGAAAUACGGCCGGAAAGGACGCGGUAGGGGAGACCAGAAGCAAGUGGGAAAGUGGAACGAGUUUUUUGGCUUGAAAAUAAAUGCAGAAUCUUCUGAAAAUAAAUCAUCGACGUCCUCCUCCUCUUCUACAAAAAAGCGCGCCCCGCCGUCGAAACAAGUAGAACAAGAAGAUAAAAAAUCACAUACACAUGGUACUAGUUCCUCUUCUUGUUCUUCGAACCAGCAGGAGACCACGACCACUCUGCCGAGCAAGGGCAAAGAUCCGCUAGUUACCCCGAACAUGAUGGAACGCCGGAACAAGGCGCAGGACGCUCGGAGCCGAGCACAAGCCUACGGGGCGGACGCCAAAACUGCCAAAAGCGCAGCUUCCAAGAUACAACUCGCGGAUUUGCAAAAGUGGAAACCUCGAGCCGAGGAGGUGGAUGAAACGAACAAAUGCGGUCUUGGUCGCGGCUACCCAGAGAAUUUCGUUAGCAAUAGUACCAACAACUCUUCUGCCGCGGCCGAUUUGGAAAUUUGGGAAAGCCAUUUGCAAGCACUGCAAGAAGAGUUAUUAUCACGUGAGGCUCCUGCCGCCGGGAGCGGGACCACGGGCACGGAAAUUAUACCUACAACUGCAAGAACUAUUACAGCCGCGUGCCGGAUUGAGGAGCUGAAGCCUUUCGUCGAGAAUCUGAGGAACCGCGGAGGCACGCACUUUGCCUUUGAGUACGAGCUAUGAAAUACAAAUACGUCUGGGUCUGGAAACUCAAACUUGUGAUGCUAAAAUGUGGCUGAUGGAAACAAUUCCGCAUGCCAUCUAGCAUGACAACUUUCCGUAACGCUUUCUCAUAGGCAAUCCGCAUGAGAAUCCGUGUGCUUGCAUGUCCAGAAGAGGCUGCGACUUUUGUUGGUUAUGCAAUACAGAUUUCCUAGGUAUGGAAUGCUAGCAUUACAAGUUCCAACCUUCCAGACCCAGACAUAUUUGCAUUUGAUACGAGCAGUUCGCGAUCGAGCAGUUUUUAGCGGAGGAACGGAGGAAAGAGAAAACCUAUUACAAUGAAAAAUGCCCCCACCCCCGAAGUUGGGAACAUUUGUAUUGCAAACCUUUCCAAAUGAAACACUCGCCCUCUUGCAUCUAUCAGCAUGGCAGUUUUCCCAUCGUGAAUAGCAAAAAUUUGUAUUGCAAAAGACCCCAGCAAGAGCGGCGCUUGUCAUGCAAGCGAUGCGAUAUACGCCCAGACUCUGCAUCAGAAAGAUUCAUACUCCUUUCACGCAUGACAAAAGGUUUUCAUUUGGAAACUUCGCAUCACAAAUUUCUACAAUUUCAGGGGUGGGGGGCAUUUUUCACUGUAAUAAAACCGGGCCGGGGGCGUCCAGCUUCUUGAAGACGGUGUACGGCGUUGACGAGCGCGGAAACGUGUUGAAUAAGGACCACACCACGUGCAACGACGAGUUAGUCAACCUGGUCUUCAAGACGGAGAUCCAGGAGCACACGGACAAGCGCAGACAGCUUGUGGACGCCUUGAACAUCAAUGCACGACAGGAGAAGAAUAGUAAAAGCGCGGGUGGUGCUGGUACUACUACAACGGUUUUGACCGAGCGCGAACGGCAGGCGAAACAGCGGGAGAAGAAGGAGCUCGAGGAUGACUUUUUCCGGGAAUGCCCUUGGUACGUGGUGCUCGACGGCGGCAAGCCGGCACUGAAGGACUCCGAUUACUAUUCCGAGAACCGGCGGGGGCACACGGAAGCGGCGAAGGACAUUGUGCUCCAAGACCGCCGGGUGGCGCUGACCAGCGACUACAAGCUGGUGACGCUAUCGCCGAAGCAGGUGCAGGGCCGACGGUUGCUGCUCGCGCUGUCAGCCUACCACGGGUUCGAUCUCGGCUAUUUAGAGAAGCGGCUGAAUGACUUCGCGAAGCCCGAGGAGGAGGACCAAUGCCUGCCCUACGAAACCUGCGACUGCGCGGCCCUGACGCGAAUCUACGACCAGUUAACGCGGUUCGGGGAACACAGGCAGGACAUCGACGAGAAUGGUAUCAACAAAAACACACACAAAAUCAUGCUGCGGUGGGACUGGUUUUCGCACCUGUUUGGGUUGAGCAAUGUCAACUGCCGCGGGUUGGAAGAUUACAUCUACGUACCGGUUUAUCGCAAGAAAAAACUGUUUCACUGUGAACUUGUGAUGCGAAAAGCGAAACACGACCAAAGGGUUGGUCUUGCUACACCUGCACGGCAUUGGUUUUUCAGGCGUGUUUUCCCUCGGGAAGCGCGCAUGGCAAAUGUUAAGUUUCGUGUAAAUUUGCGAGAAAGAUCUUGCAAAACAUCGUCACAGUGAAAAAGCAAUUUUCUCGUGGGAUACGCUUGGCCAGUUGGACCUUCUGUGGGAGACCAUGAAAGGCACCUAUGACCUGUUGCGCAUCGGUUUGCCAAUCCGCGAGAAAAUGCGGGCCGACGGCGCGUUCCGGUUCUACUUUGAUUUCAUUAUCAACUACAAGCACAGCGACCCGAGCCUGUUUCUCACGGAGGAGGAGUUUUUGGAUCCAAACUGCCCCCUGAUAAUCGCCAUGCAGCACGCCGUCCACGCGGUCUUUCCCACGAGCGGCGCCUAUCCGUGUCUGAUCUGGCGCGGCUCGGGGUUUGACCGCUACCAGGACAUGCAGUGCGCGCUCCGGCUGCGGUUUGUCUUCCCGGAAGUGGUGUGCGCAUACGACGCCAACGCGCUCAAAGUGCGCAACUACAUCGUGAAUUUCCUCGACAACGAGUGCGCGCGGGAGCAGGAUGCGCUGGCGGACGGCAAAGCGAGAGGAGACGUAUGAAGUGCAAAAAUUUCUGGGUCUGGAAACUUGUGAUGCAAGAAAGGGAAUAGUGAGCACACUGUAAUGCGCUCCCCAGCAUGACAAGUUUUUCCGUGGUUCAGAGUGAGAUGCGUGUCCCGCAUGAGAAACUGCGUCUUUGCAUGCCAGACAAGAGGACCUCUUCGCGGACACGCAAUACAGAGUUCAGAGUUAUGCCAGACUAGCAUGACAAGUCUCGCAAUCUCCCAGACCCAGACACUUUUGCAAUUCAUAAGACGUUCUCCUGAACAGUGUCCCAACGCCCACCUGCGACUUUUUGAAAAAGCUGAAGGACGCAAGCUCCAAGGGCAGUCUGGAGGUUAUGGAGUUCUCAAAUGUUACAUUCUCAGCUGUUACAUAAAUUUGUAAUGCAAGACUGGCAAAAGUGAAAGGAGGAAGGUUGCGCCUUUUGCAUUACAAGAUUGGCGCAGAUUUAGAUGCUGUCUAGCCCUUCCGAAAUUUGUCAUGCGAAGCAGCUCGAUAAUCUGCCGGCUCAAGGUACUUUUGCAUGACAAAUUCAUGUAACAGUUGAGAACGUAACAAUUGAGAGUCCCAUACAAGUGAACGAUAAGAAAAACCUGGACUUUGUGAAAUUUAUCCUGCCCGAUAACGACAUGGAACCCAAACACGGUGGGUACCCGACUGCGGAUGGCACCAUCGACAUGAUCUGGGGCGACAUGGCACUGCCAAGCGCCGCGGCGUCUCAUAUCAACUGUAAAAAUGUCUGGGUCUGGGAGGUGGCAACUUGUCAUGGUAAAUCUGAAGCAUGCAAAAAUCUGUGUUGCAUGAGUGCCAAAAGCUGUCCACUUUUGGCCAAGUUGGAAGGGAGUUUCUCAUGCAGGAUAGGCAUGAUAGGGAUCUCACAGAAUGUCUGUCAUGCUAAGUCCCGCAUUCCAGACUUCACGGGUCAUGGAAAAUCUGCAUGACAAGUUUGAACUUUUCCAGACCCAGACAUUUUUGCAUUUGAUAUCUCAGGCAAUGAAACAGCGCUGCAGAAAUUUGGUCUGGAGAAUUGACACGGAAAAGGUCAAGAAGGGGAGCAAGAAAAUGAAAAGUAAAGAGGUUGUCUUUCAUUGCGACUAUGUAAAAUACCUAAGUAUCUACAUGGACAUGGAAAUAACAUGUAACUGUCGAAGCCUGAAAAUGAAAUAUCAAUCAAACACAUGAUUCGGAUACAAUCGUAAUUCUUGAUCAGGUAAAGUGGGAAUGAUGUUGCAAAAGCCGCCGGAUCUGGACCGAGUGCGAGUUCCUACCGCCGAAGAGCAGGCCGCUACCAUCAAGUACUACAGCUUUGACGAAUGGAUAUCCGAGCACCGGAUCAAGAACAACUUUGAACUCUACCAGAAGCACUUCAGUAUCGCGCUGAAGGGCAAGUUGCAGAGCGAGGUGAACGAACUGAAGAUGCGGUUUGAUGGGCCCACAAAGGACACCGAAGCGGAGCAUCCGUAUCUGGUGAAAAGCGACAGGGGGAAAGUCGUGAGCUUGGAAAAAAUUAUUUCUGUUGCGCGAGCGCGGGCAUUUUAAUUUUUUGUAAAAUAAACUUCUGAUUCGCCGAACGCGUUGGAAGGUCACUGAGGGCGCAAGUAGUAGGUUUGUUCUAUGCAUUAGAAAUUACCUCCAAGUAGUACUCUGAAGCUGAACUUACGACUUUCCACCGUUCGUUUGCAUAGCCUGCUGCGGGAGAUGUGCAAGGUGCCGGGAAAGGAGAUGGAACUCACUCGCAAGAAGAUGCGCCGGGGAAGAACUGGCGGGGGAAGUGACUGAAGAGAAAACAGGAUCUUCAGGACGUUUGCUGGAUCGAUGACAACGAGGGGCUAUGGCACUGUAAGAAAUUGAUAGAUUAGGAUUACCGAGUUCUGGAUUGUUUUUUAUUCAUUCGUUCUAUGUUUUUCAUUAUCCAUAUGAUCUUCAUCCUCCAGCGGAACCCCAAGAAACGGUGUGUUUCUUCGAAUAACUGCAUUUAAGUAUAAUUGUGGAGCCGUUGCACGCUCGAUCUUCACUUUACAACAUCGCUCGAAAAAUGAAAAUCAGGUAAGUAUCAGAAGCGUUCGUCAACUCGGGAUGACAAUCUUCGCAGCCGCUUCUAUCACGAAGAUUUCUGUCGGAUUUUCGGGUAAUAAAAAAAAUUAUUCGUUCGGAUUUUCGGGUAUUAAAAAAACGAUGAUAGUUUCGUUCUGAAUGUCUUUCGAGUAGUUUCGUUUUCAUUCAUGAACAGUGCGUAGACUAUCAUACCAACACCUGCUUUGUUCGCGGCCUUCGUUCUUCUGGCGUUGUUUAAUGUACUUCGUGCUCGCUCUUUGGUUUGCCCGAGUUCGUCUUCUGAAAAAAAACAAACGCAGGUGGUCGUAAGGCUGGAACUCUCCCGCGUGUGACGAUCGACGCUACGUCGUGCUUCCCGGACUGCAGCAGUUUGUCGCAAGACCAUUCGCUGGCAGCACACGAUGAGAGCAACUACAAUUGCAGUCCAAGUCAUGAUCGGCGAGAAUCUUUUUCCGUCUGACUCAAGAAGCCCACAGCCACAAAUAUGCUGGCAAGAAGUGACUGUGGUCCCAUCAGAUGUCCUCAUUUUAUAUCGGAUGAUAAAGUAUUCUCAUUCAACCUUUUUAUAUCGUGAAACUCAUUCACAUGAAUUCCUUGCUUCCGCAAAAUGUUCUUUUUUUCAUAUCAGGCUAAAGAAACAUUUCCUUUCGAAAGAUAUAGGUUCGUAUUAUGAAUAUGAAUCGUAAACGCACAGACACCAGGAAUCGUGUUCCCUGUAGUUCUC